UACCUCAUGGACGGAUCCGUCUUAUUGAGUUCACAAGCCACUCGUUGUUUUGGUAGCUUUCUUGCUUGGACAUUAUACACGUCGGACGGUCUGAGACGGUUAUCGCAUGCGCCACAUCGGCGUUCGAGACCGAAACACCCGCACUGCGUCAUUGAUGGUGGCGUGGCGCGUUUGAAGCGAGCACGAGACAGCCUUACUGCUCGCUCUCACCAUCAGUUACUGCAGAGAGGUUCUUCGCUUUCCCGCAGCACAGCAACAGCGGCCAGCAUCUCUCGCUCCUCAGUGAAGGAUUGUUCAGCACCUUUCCGCAAAGCCUCUCCACCCUAAUAAAGAUUCCUUCUGCAUCAGCCGAGCAAACCGCACCACUACCGCACUCGCUACACACCCGCCUGAAUCACAUCCUUACCUUUUGCGGAGCGCAAGCUCCAUCACCAUAUUCACACCCCUUCUCGGUUCUCAUUGCGACCAUGGAGCGCCCGUCGCCACCACCUCCGCAAGCACGCGAUAUGGUCUACUGCCACCAAUGCGAGAAUGAAUGGUACCGAGACGAGCAUGGGCUAACGUGCCCGGAAUGCCAGUCUGACUUCACUGAAAUCAUCGAACCGAACCAUGACCCCCGUGACGACAAUCUGCUCCCCGAGCAGGAUGUGCCGCAAGGCGGGUUCUACGGUGCGCCAGACCCGGAUGAGGAUGACAUUGAUAACAUUCAGUGGCAGCAGACAGGCCCGGAUACAUAUCGCGCGAGAAUCAAUCGCACGAUCGACAUUCAGCCGGGCCAGCAGCAGCAGCAGGGCGGAGGCUUGUUAGGCGGCAUACUGGGCGGGCUAGGCACUCUUAUUGGAGGCGCAUUAGGCGGUGGCGAGCAACAGCAAGGCCAACAGUCAGCAGAACAAAGACCGCAGUCACCAGAUGCCGGACAGAAUCGUUCAUCUUCCGCGCCGGGCGGACCGCGCAAUGGUACUACCGUUCGCACCUUUCACGGACCGAAUUACCACAUGAGCAUCAUGACCUCCUCCAGCAGCAACCUCUACCCACGCAACGCCAACGGCCCGCAGCCAUUUCAGCCCCAACCUGACCACAUCGAGCAAAUGAUGGCGCAGAUGUUGAUGAAUAUUGGUGUGCCGCCGAACGGCCAACAUCCGCGCGGCGGUAUGGGUAUGGGUGGCAUGCAUAUGGGCGGCCCCGGCAUGAUGUUCGUGGGACCCGAUGCUGGCUUCCCGGGAGGUCCGCAACAGCAUCCGUUCGGCCCUGCUGGUCUCGGUAACCUCUUCCAGAUGCUCGGCAUGCCACCCAUGAUGGGCGGACCAGGCGGCCAAUUCGGCGACGCAGUCUUUUCGCAGGAGGCACUCGACCGUAUCGUGACGCAGCUGAUGGAGCAGCAUCAGUCCGGCAACGCCCCAGGACCGGCAUCGGAAGCAGCGAUUAAGUCUCUGCCUAAGCGUGAUAUCGUGGAGAAAGAUCUCGGCGAAAGCGGCAAAGCGGAAUGCACCAUCUGCAUGGACGAAGUGAACAUAGGCGAGACUGUCACGGUACUACCAUGCAGCCACUGGUUUCACGGCGAUUGCAUCAAAGCCUGGUUAUCCGAGCACGACACUUGUCCGCAUUGCAGACAAGGCAUCAUGCCAAAGGACGAACCGAACACCAACCGGCCUCGGCAACCCAGCCAAGCGCCGCUCAACGAUACAAACUCGCCCGAGUAUCAGAGCCCGAGAGAUGUGCCCGGCGGCUUCCCAAGCAUGGCGAGGCAGGAAUCAGGCUCGAGAGACCACCCAUUCACAGUGCCGGAGAGCCCACAAUUGCAUCGGCGUUCCAGCAGCACGCCCGGAGCGAGACCGAGCGGGAGUCGGCAAGCUAGCAGCACCAGCACUAACUACAACAGCGGCAACAAUAACGGCAUGUUCCAGCGCAUGCGCGACGCGUUCAGUAGCCGUGACGGGUCAGGGCAGGGAAGUGGCAGUGGUGGUGGGCCAAGCUGAGAGCGGCUACCUCUGACCAGGUACCGCCACACUAUCUCUCUAAGCAGAAUUGCUUACACCCCGUUG